AAACAACAACGACCUGACGUCAUUGCGUUGACGCACUACAACAUCCGGGAAGGCUCCUCCGCUCAGGUCCAUGUUGUUAGCAGUUAGCAUCGACAUGGUAAAGAGCAGAUUUGAUUUUCUUUUAAAGCGUUGAACAAGUUUACAGCCACAAUGAACGACCGUGAGCUGGACCUGACAGCGACAAUGGAAGCUACCAAGGCAAAAUACCCGCCGAUCAACAAGAAAUAUGAAUACUUGGACCAUACAGCAGAUGUACAAAUUCACUCCUGGGGAGACUCUCUGGAGGAAGCCUUCGAGCAGUGUGCCAUGGCCAUGUUCGGCUACAUGACGGACACGGAGACAGUAGAACCGCUUGAUACUCUUGACGUGGAAUCAGAGGGCGACGACAUGGAGUCUCUUCUUUUCCACUUCCUAGAUGACUGGUUAUACAAGUUUAGUGCAGAACUCUUCUUUGUUCCCAGGGAGAUCAAAGUUUUGCACAUAGACAGAAUGCGCUUCAAGAUCCGCUCUAUUGGUUGGGGUGAAGAGUUCUCUCUGGAAAAACAUCCACAGGGGACUGAGGUGAAAGCCAUCACAUACUCUGCAAUGCAGAUUCACGAUAAAGAAAAACCAGAGAUAUAUACCAUUGUUGAUAUCUGAUGAUACCUUCAAGCGUAAGCUACACUCCUGGUUCAAUGGAACUGUAAAUUCUUCACAGCCAAUUUAAGUGGCCUUUUUAUCUAAAACACUGAUUACUGAGUUAUAAUUUUCUACUUGUAGGAUAAACUUUUCUUGUGGUUAUGUGUGCACACUGUACAAAGAAAGAGCUCUCUGACAGAUUACAGAUUAGAGAUGUGACAUUGAUAUCUUUUAAAAACUAAAAAUUAUUUUAGAAAUAAUAGAACCUAAAAUACAAAAGUAUCUGAAAAUGGCUUGUUUGUCAACUCAGUUUUGCUUGAAAUGCUUGUGAAAAAUAUUAUUUAUCACCAACUUGAUAUUGUUUUGAUACUUUAUUAAUCAUUGUAUAUAAAUCAACAGAUAUUUAUUUUUCUUCUGUGGGGUUAAAUAAAUAAUAAAAAUAAAUAAAUGAUUACUGG